UCACAAGAUGGCGGCGCCCAGUGCGGUUCCUUGUUACCUUGGUAACAUGCGGGCGCUGCUGAACCCCGUGUGUAGGCCGCGGGGUGUAGCUGCAUUGUUGGGGUCCCUAGCCAGAUGCAGUCGGUUUGUGGCCCCCCUGUGCUCGCUGCCCCCCGGGUCUCUGCUGAGUCUGUCCUCUUCGGCCCUGGGGAGCCGCCUGACCCCCGGCCUCGGCCUGUACCCUGACUUCAUCUCCCCGGCGGAGGAGGAGGCUCUGUGCCGGGAGCUGGAGCCCAUCCUGCGGAGAAAACGCUACGAGACCGGCCACUGGGAUGAGGCUAUACAUGGGUUUCGUGAGACUGAGCGCCUACAAUGGUCCCUGGAGAAUAUGGCAGUGAUACAACGGGUGAGAGAUAAGGCUUUUCCCACUGGAGAGGCACAACUAUCACUAGUCCAUGUUCUGGACCUGCAAAAAGAGGGUUACAUCAAGGCGCACGUUGAUAGCAUUAAGUUCUGCGGUAGCACCAUUGCCGGAAUAUGCCUGUUAUCCAGCAGUAUCAUGCGCCUGGUCUCCGUAGAAAACGCUGAUGAGAGAGCAGACCUACUGCUCCCUAGACGUUGCCUGUAUAUGCUUAGUGGGGCUGUGCGCUAUAACUUUACACAUGAAAUAUUACGGGAUGAAGAAUCCGUCUUCAACGGGGAGCGAGUGCCACGGGAGCGUCGUAUAUCUGUCAUUUGCCGAAAUCUCCCUUUGAGCUGACAUACUUCUCGGGGGUGCACUCCAGAGACUGAUGACUGUAAAAGGUGCAAUAUGUAUGUCAGGGAGGUUAUCAGACCUUGUGCCCUGACGUUAAGACAUGCACACAACUAGUCCGUAUGUGAUCAUUCUAUUUCUGAUGUUUUAAUUUAAUGUUCAAUAUAUAUGAAAUGUAAAAACAAUAUUUCUCAUACUUGAUAAAUUAAUGUUCAUGGGUAUGUGAUAAAGUAAUAGACAUGAAUUGAUCCAGCCCGUCAACCAAACAGUGCCAUAAACUAUUGUUAAUAUUGCCUAAUUGACUUAGGUGCUGAAAGUUUGGCAGGUAGUUCAACAGAGAUCUAAAAAGCAAAAAUGUCUUUCAAUACUAUGUUUUUAAUAAAAUAUAUUUUUUAAUAAAAAAUACAAUUUAUAAGAUCAUACAAAAAAUGCAAUUUUUCCCAUGUUCCUGAGAUUCCAUUUUUUUUUUGUCUAAAUGUUUGUACUAAUAAUGGCUUGCUAAUUAUAACUUCAGUAGUGCUUUAGAGAAGAUGUUGCAGAAGCCAUAGCGCAGAAAUGGCAAACCUCUGGCACUCUUGAUAUUGCAUACAUGGUUUUAUAUGCCACUAAAUAGCAAGUUUCCAAUCACAGACAAUCCCUGGCUUAAAGCAGGAGUGUGUUCUGAAUAUUUUCUUCUGCUCUUACAGAUGGCCUAUAGAUAAAGGAGAAGAUCACAUCUUAAAAAAGAGACAUCCUGAGAGAUACCCUUUGUCUUUUUUGUGACUGUGCCUAAUCAUGAGAUGUCAGAGAUUUCAGAAACCAUUGCUACAUUGUUUUACAGGGAGUAAAUUUGCCAUUUUUGUAUCAAGUAACACAGACCACCUAAGUGUUCAUGGUGGAUGGCUGUUUGUGUAUUUUAUGCGUCCGUGCUGUGUAUUAGAAUUUCUCACAUUCAGAUCACAUAAACCAUGUGAGAGCUCAUAGGCAAGGAAUGGACAUUUAAUCCGAGAAAUAUGUCGCCUAUUGAGUCAGGGACAUCCACACUGUGUGAUGAUUUACAGCAAAUCAUGUACCAGUCAGCUGUCAUUCAUUUUAUUUGUUUGUUGACUUUAGAACCUUUAAAGUACCCACCAAACAGCUAACUGGAGCAAAGGCCGAACAAUAUGUUUUCUGAAUAAUAGGGUGCUCUUUUCAAUCUAUUAGCUUUCGUAUGUAAUGGAUCCUUCUUCUAAUUAAAAUAAAGGGAUCUUGCACAUCAAUAA